GUCUGAACCCGCAGGACGCAACUGGGGCUACACUGUGAGUGCUGAUAAUUAUUAACACCAAACUAGACUUCAACAGGUGCGCUGACUAAACCAGUCCUCAGUGAGUGGAGAUUCUGCCUUUGCCUGAUAACAGUGGCGUUUUUCUUCAGUUGAGCUGCUCUGUCCUGUUCUAUCCUGUACCCGAGGGUUGUGACUCCCGCUUGCCGCCAUGCCCUCACUGCUCCCGGCAUGGCUCUGGUGCCUUAGCCUGCUCACCCUGGAGACACACACCCUGGCCCUUCCGCGGCCAGCCCGGACACAGCCUCACAGGUUUGUAUUAUCCAGAACCUCCUGGACACCUGAGUCGUCUUCAUCUCUCACCAUGGCGACGGUUGUCAGCCCGACUGUUGCUCUGGACGACAGCGUCGCCCUUAGAAACAGAUGGGCCGUCUGGAGGGCCUUGCUCCAUAAAGGUCCCCCGAGGCAGUCUAACCUAAUGCCUGACCAUGAAGGCCCAUUGGCCAGGCCGUCCAGUCCACUUCCUGACCAGAACUACCACCUCUCCAGAGAGGGGACGUCACGGGGUCGCCGUCAUGCCAACGGUAGCGGUGGGCGUGGCCAGGGUCAGCUGAUGAGGGUGGGGUGUGUCCUGGGAACCUGUCAAGUUCAGAACCUCAGUCACCGACUCUACCAGCUGAUUGGACAGAGUGGGAGACAAGACUCCUCCCCUAUCAACCCCCGUAGCCCACACAGCUACGGAUGAAUAACUUUAUUGGCAACCAACAAACAGGCACAGUCACUGUUGAAUAACAUUAUCGUCAACCAAUAUACAGGCACAGCUACAGCUGAAUAACCUAAUCAACAAGCAACACAGGCAGAGCCACAUCUGAAUACAUUUAUCAACAAGACGACAACCUAUACACAGACACAGCUAACAGCAGAAUGUAGGUCAGAUGUAAGGUGGUGGAAGAGACAGAGUCUUAAGUGCUGACUGCGGGUAGGGUGGAAGGAGGUCUGUAAUGCCUUGUUGUCCUGAGUUAGAGAGUCAUUACUCCUGUCCCCACUGAGCUGAGCUGAUCUACAAUCCACUCUCCAUGAUCAUCCCUAUAUUCUUGUCUGUCUCUGAACAUCUCUCAAUUUCAAUUAUCUUUCUCUCUCAAGUUUAGAAUAUAUGUCCUUGAGCAGGACACACCACAACACCAUUUCUACAGGCUCUAACCAAUCACAGCCAACCAUAGUCCCAAACAGCCUUAAGAAGUUUCAUAGUCCCUUAUCGCUCUAUGAAGCUUCCUAAUCUCAUGUCGUCCCAUGAAGUCUGAUAUGUAGCUCCUAUUUCCAAUGUUAGAUGUGUGUCUAGUGAGCUACUAGGUCAAGUGUAUUAGAAACCCGUAAAGCACUUUAAAGUAAAUACUGUUUUAUGUUUGCUAUGACUUGAACGUUAAAGAUAUGUUGUUUAAUUUUAAAUUAAUUCAAGCUUUUUUGUUGUAAAUAUUUCACUGACUAAACCAGUGAAACGAAUGUGGCCGAAAUGUUUCCCCAAAUGGACAUUGUCUGUUGUAUUCAUCUUAUUCUAUAUCUUUGUAUAGGCUGUUAUA